GGUCUCUCUAGCGUCUCAUUAUAGUUCCUAUGAGUGAGUUGUGCCAUGACAUUUCUGCUGGUCUGAUUUAAUAUAUUGAGCUGCGUUGUCAAUAUCGUGUUUAAAAAAAAGAACAAAAAUUGUGUAGUGAUGUGCUGUGCGUUCGUGUUUGUGUUUUAGAAUCUUCGUAAAUUUGUAAAAAUGGACAACAAUAAUGACUUCUCUCCGACUAAAACACCAAACUAUGGCGAUCAAUCCGCAAUGAUACACUGUGGCCUCUGCAUUAAAGCGUCAUUUCAAAGCAGAAAUGAACUGUAUGAACAUUUUCAGAAUCAUCACGGCAUCAAUCAACAAUUUAGACACUCCAAUGUUAUAGCGGCGAGGGCGAAGGGUAAGCACAGCCAGAAAAUGGGCGAACGUCGUCCAACCUUCCAGGAGAAUAGGCAACACGAACAAAAUAACGUUCUGAAUAAUUCAAUACAGACAGUUAUGUCCAACGUUCCAAUCAAUAUUGAACCAGCUGUAGCCUCAUCAUCUGUACAAAAUAGUCCUCCACCUCUUUACUAUCUUCCAACGUCUGCGGAUUUCAUUGCAGGUUUCAAACAACCACCACCACCACAAUAUCCUGUUUAUCAGCCGACCAUCGCAAAUACACUUUUCAAUGCUCAUGCCUUGGCGGCUUCCUUGGGAUGCUUCAAUUUUGGUAACCAAUUUCUUCAAUCAAAUCUACCAUUCGGUACUGGCAGCGUUGAUACGGCCUUUGGAUCUGGGGAAAACGCAAUGAGUGGGCUCCAUAAUGGAAACAACACGGAAGAAAAACAACCGGCUGAUGACAUUCCUUCAGAAUUUUCUCGUGACGACAUCACAGUAGUGAAUAGUCCAACUGAUUCGAUCUAGUCAAUGUGGACGAAACGUGGUGGAUUUGCAAGUUUUUUUUUAAAGAUUUUUAAAGACAAAUACAAUAAAUCAAAUUGAGUAAUCGC